AUGGUUGGAGAUGAUUUCUGUGACGUUGUGCUGAAUUUUUUUGAGACAUGUUACCUGCCUGGUGGAGUUAAUUCUACUGCUAUUACUCUCAUCCCUAAGAGAUGGGGAGCUGAACGAGCUUGUGGGGAACUACAAAGAGAGCAGAGGGAAGUCGCGUUGUGUGCUAAAGGUAGACCUUCAGAAGGCUUACGAUUCGAUGAAUUGAGAUUUCUAUUUGGUGUGUUGUUGGCUAUAGCUGAGAGAGAUUCUUUGGAGUUUGUAAGGCAAGUAUUGACAGAGUUUGUAAAGUUGUCUGGGUUAGUUACAAAUGUUGGGAAGAGUUCCAUGUUUGUUGCAGGUGUGGAGUCGGUGGAGGUGGAGGUACUAGCUGUAUAUAUGGGUGUCUCUCUUGGUUCGUUGCCUUUUAGGUAUCUGGGUUUACCUUUAUUGGCUGGUCGGUUGAGGGUUGUGGAUUGUGCACCUUUGAUACAGAGGAUUACAGCUCGUAUUAGAAGUUGGGCAGUAAGGUCCCUCUCCUUUGCUGGGAGGUUGCAGCUUGUUAGUUAUUUAUGGAAGGGUAGUGUGGUGAGUCGGGGUAGUGCACAGGUGGCGUGGGAUGAGGUGUGCUUGCCGUUGGAAGAGGGCGGGCUGGGUGUGAAGCAUGUGGCCGCUUGGAACCAGGCUGCUAUUAUGAAUUUGGACGCGCGGUUGUCGGAGUUCAUGGAUGGUGAAGGAGGUUGGAGGUGGUCUACAGUGUCUUGGGAGCUGCUUAAGAUCUGGGGUUUUAUCCAGGCAGUGAGGCCUAGGGAGCGUAAUCGACGGCUAUAUGGAGGUCGACUGAGGUUGGUGUCUGCUCUGGUUCACCUUAUGGUCUCUACGGUUCGUGCUCGAGCUACUUCCUGGCGGGUUGACCUUCUUGGUCUUAUCUAG